GAGAGCCACAACUUGUGCAGUCAGCGGGCCGGCCUAGACUAGACCCGUGUGACUUGACCCAGGCUUACAAUUCAGUAUGGCACGACCCAGCUUGGGAUCCAAUGCAGUCUGCCAUAUUGGCUUGGCGUGGGCCAGCAUGGCCCAAUGCUUGAGGCCCAUGCAUGGCCCGAUGCCAAGGCCCAGCCCGCCACCUCUUCUGUUUCAACAUGCUCCCCUCCCAGUAAUCCUAGCAACAUCCAUUGGUGUGAUCCCAAAGAAAGAAAGAAAAGCAGCAUCCAUUAUAAUAUGGAGCAACUGAUACAUCGAGUUGAAGAAUGGGUUCGUCAGCAACCCAUUGAGCAAAUCUAUGUUGCUUUUGCUGUUCUAAUCUUCACAAUUUCUUUCUUUGGGUUGUUUCGUGUCCUGAGACGCUCAAAGUCCAAUACCAUACUGCUUGCUGGCUUAAGUGGUAGUGGAAAAACUGUUCUUUUUUAUCAGCUUCGUGAUGGCUCUCCACAUCUAGGUACUGUCACAUCAAUGGAACCCAAUGAUGGUACUUUUGUGCUGCACUCUGAGCUUGAAAAGAAUGGAAAACUAAAGCCGGUGCAUUUGAUUGAUGUUCCUGGGCAUUCCCGACUCAGACCAAAGCUUGAUGAAUUAUUGCCUCAUUCAGCAGGAGUCAUUUUUGUCGUGGAUAGUUUGGACUUCUUACCGAACUGCCGAGCAGCUGCUGAGUACUUGUAUGAUAUACUGACAAAGGCAAUCAUCGUGAAGCGGAGAAUACCCAUGUUGAUACUGUGCAACAAGGCAGAUAAGGUGACGGCACACUCCAAGGAAUUUAUCAGGAAACAAUUGGAGAAGGAAAUAGACAAGCUUCGUGCAUCAAGAAGUGCAAUCUCGACCGCUGAUAUAGCCAACGACUUCACUCUCGGGAUACCAGGAGAAACAUUCGCAUUUUCUCAGUGCCGGAACAAGGUGACAGUGGCCGAGUCAUCUGGGCUGACCAGAGAGGUCUCUCAGGUCGAGCAAUUCAUCAGGGAGCUAGUGAAGCCAUAACCGUGGCUUCUCUGUUAAACUUGGUAAUCGAUUGUACGUGACAUUCUCGUUGGCCUUUUUUCCAUGAGAUGCUGAGACCCUAACACACGAAUGCUGCUUUCAACUCGAGAUGAGGAUUUGUAGACAAUUUUGUUGACAUCAGAAAUCAUAUUUUAAUGAUGCAGAAAAUUACUGUCAUCCA